GAAACGGCAUUACGGCUACCGCUACACAAGCAAUGCUUCUUCAGCCAAUCCCCGCCACCCUUGCCGGCGGCGCCGCUCGCCGGACCUCCGGUGAACCCCCCUUCCCCCCUCUCCUCCGCCGCCGCGUCCUCUCCCCAAUCCGCGCUGACUCACCCCCGAUCUCCCUCUCGGCCUCCGCCUCCCCAUCGCGGCCGGUCAAGCCGCCCGUCUGCACCGCUGACGAGCUCCACUACGCCCCCGUCGACGGCGCCGGCUGGCGCCUCGCGCUCUGGCGUUACAGGCCUCCCGGCAAUGCUCCUGUCAGGAAUCACCCGUUGAUGCUGCUGUCCGGGGUCGGUACGAAUGCCAUCGGAUUCGACCUCUCUCCCGGGGCUUCAUUUGCCCGUCACAUGUCUAGCCAAGGAUUUGAUACAUGGAUAGUCGAAGUAAGAGGUGCUGGUCUGAGUAAGCGUGAAUAUGGAAAUUCUGCUGCAUCUGGCUCAGUCACUAUUGAGGAUGCCUGUGGUGGUAUUCAGCCUCUUGAUAAUCAGAGUACAUUUGAAGCUGCUUCCCUUCAGAGUUCUGGUGGCUAUGCUAGUGAUUGUGAUGACCUUGGAAUAGUUGCUUUGGAUGAACCACCUUUACUCACAGAGCUUUCUAAUUUCUUUGACCGAAUCUCAAAGCUUAUGGAAGAGGCUGUAGUAAAUGGAAAUUUCCAUGAGAUAACAGAAAAAGUUUCUGUUCUCUCAGAAAUGGUAGAGAGCUCUACGAUUAUUGGUCCAGUGAGAGAAGAAAGUCUACGCCUUUUGAAGAAUUUUCAGGACCAGUUGGACUCGUGGGAGCGCUUUGUAUCAUCACAAAUGGAUCUAAGUUCCGAAUAUAAUUGGGACUUUGACCAUUACCUGGAGGAGGAUAUACCUGCUGCGGUGGAGUACAUUAGACAACACAGCAAAACAGAAGAUGGGAAGUUGCUUGCAAUUGGACAUUCGAUGGGUGGAAUUUUAUUGUAUGCAAUGCUGUCGAGAUCUGGUUUUGAAGGAGCUCCAUCAAAUUUAGCUGCAAUUGUAACUUUGGCUUCUUCUGUUGACUAUACAACGUCCAAUUCAUCACUGAAGCUGUUACUGCCUCUUGCUCAUCCUGCACAAGCUUUUAAUGUCCCCUCUGUCCCAUUGGGUACAUUGUUGGCUGCAGCAUAUCCAUGGGCAUCUGGUCCACCAUAUCUUUUUUCCUGGCUUAAUCCUCAAAUAUCAGCUCAAGACAUGAUGCACCCAGAGCUGUUGUCUAAGCUUGUCUUCAACAAUUUUUGUACAGUGCCUGCAAAGGUUGUACUGCAACUUACGACUGCUUUUAGGAAAGGUGGGCUGUGCAACCGAAAUGGAACCUUCUCGUACAAGGAUCAUUUGCGAGAGUGUCAGACCCCUGUCCUGGCCUUGGCUGGAGAUAAAGACCUCAUCUGCCCUCCAGAAGCCGUUUACGAAACCGCGAAACUCAUUCCGAAGCACAAGUUGAAGUACAGGGUGUUUGGAAAACCACAAGGCCCACAUUAUGCACAUUAUGACUUGGUUGGAGGUCGACUGGCAAUCAAUGAAGUCUACCCAUGUAUCAUAGAGUUUCUCUCUCGCCAUGACCGCUUGUUGAUUUGAUUAUAUGAUGCUAACACCGAGUAACAUAUAACACAAUGUUCAUCUCAGAAGGUUUUAAAGUUGGGCUGAACAAUGUUUUCCAUGGCCUCCUCAAUGAAUGACCAGAAAAAUAGGUACACAUCCAAGCUCAUACGAUGUAUCCCUGUAUAGUGCUUCUCUCUUCCUGUUUGAGGAAAAGGUAGUGCUAAUUUUGUUGUGAACAAAAGGUAGAAAAAUACCCAAGGUUACAUGUACUCGCAGGAACAUGAAGCUUUAGUCUAGGUCAUGGAAGUUGUACCAUAAGAUGGCUUCUUAUGAUGUAACCUUUUGUUUGUUUGUUCUUUUUAAGCUGAGUUGGACACCUUGUUAACAUGUAAGUGUAUGUAAACAAAAUCCUGUACAUUUAUGCAAGUCACGACUUACGAUCUUAUACCUU